AUGUCUUCCAACCUUCAUCAAGCGCCCCCUUUCAGGGCGGAGCACUUGGGCUCCCUACUCCGGCCCCAGAAGCUCCUCGACAUCCGAGAGGGGAAGAUCCGUGAUCAGGGCCUAUCCGAGGAGGAAGCUGGCCUUCCAGCCGUCGAAAAGGAGUCUGUGACCGAAGUCGUACAGCUGCAGCGCGAUCUAGGCAUCAAGGGCGUCACCUCAGGCGAGUUUAAUCGCACGCGCUUCUGGGGUCUGAUGUGGGACGAGUUCGAGGGCACAACCCGCCUGCAAGAUGCCGACGCCAGCAUGUUCCGCCUAUACCACCCGGAUGUUGUGAGCCUCAUUGAGAAGGACCGUAAGGUCAUGCCUGGCGACUCCGUCAUUGCUGGCGGCAAGCUCUCCCACUCGCCGGAGAAGUCCAAGUCCAACCUCCAUGAGCUUCAUCUGGUUCAGGCUGCUCUUCCUAAGGAGGAGUGGAAGAACAUCAAGUUGACCAUGAUCACACCCGCCUGGUUCCACAUGCGCUACAAGCAAGGCAGAGCCUAUACCAAGGAGGCGUACGCCAACGAUGCUGAGUACUUCAGCGACGUCGCGAAGGUCUAUCAAGCCGAGCUCCAGCAACUCUACGACGCUGGUCUGCGCAACGUCCAAUUUGAUGACCCCGGAAUGGCUUGUUGGGAGGAGGACAAGGACAAUGAAGGCAGCGUUGAAGACCUCCUCGACGCUUACAUCAAGCUCUACAACGAUACUAUCAACAAACUGCCCAAGGAUAUGCACACGGGUAUUCAUCUCUGCCGUGGUAACUUUAUUGGCGGUCGUCACUUUGCCGAGGGCUCCUACGACAUUAUUGCCAAGAAACUCUUUCAGAACCUGGAUGUCAACACUUUCUACCUUGAGUACGAUACUGAGCGUUCGGGCGGCUUUGAGCCCCUGCAGUUCCUGCCCAAGGACAAGAACGUUGUCGUCGGCAUCAUCAGCACCAAGAUUCCUAAGUUAGAGGACAAGGAGGAGAUGAAGGCUCGCGUCCUCAAGGCGGCGGAGUUUGUCGCCAAGGGCAGUGGUGAGACCAGGGAGGAAGCUCUUAAGCGUAUUUGCGUGUCGCCUCAGUGCGGUUUCAGCACCCACGAGAGCGGAUACCCCUUGAGUCUGGAAGAUGAGAAAAGUAAGCUUUCUCUGAUCAGGAAGAUUGCUGAUGAGAUCUGGGGCGAGGCAUGA